AGUCUUUUGCAUGAAUUACUACUUCUGUAAAUGUAACCUUCAGGAAGAAAACUUCACCAGUGGAAAAAAAAAUACUUGGAAAAAAAAGCAUUGCAUUUUAUAAAAAGGAAAGUGUAUUCUGAGCCCUAAAAUGAGGAUGUCUAGGAAUACUCUUCCACUUACCAUAGCCCAAGGGUGCAUAAUUGUUCAUUAUCAAAUGAACAGCAAAUGUUCGUGGAGUUAAAGACAUUAACAAUAUCACAUCCAUUUUUAAAUUGCCCUUUGCUCACUUUGUAACAUAUUGAUUCUGUGCAAAUGCAGCUCUUAUUUUCCAGUGUACACAGAAAAAAAAAGAUUCAAAAAACGACAGCAGUUGCUCCAGUCAGGAUUCCAUCUUUAUGAUUCAACACAAAGGUCAUGUCGGUUCUUCCAGAUCUUCACCUGCAUUAUGUGCAGGCCUGUCAAAAUUUGAGCCAGCCUGAAAACCCCUUCAUUGCUCGUGUUCUUCAAGAAGCUGAUAAAAAUGAGGAAAUAAGUACGAAAGGAUUCACGUUAAAAUUAGCUGGAAAUAAUCAUCUGGUGCCUGUGCCAAGAGUUACAGAUGAUGAUCUUGGAGUUCUUGUCUCUGUUUUAGGCCAAGCUGCCUUUGUCACAGGUUUGGAUCUUGCCUAUAAUUUAUUGACUGAUACUGGAGCAAAGACUGUGGCAACAUUCCUCCAGGAAAACUCCACUCUGCGGUACCUGAACCUGAUGUUCAAUGACAUUGGCACAAGUGGGGCAGAGCUGAUAGCAGGAGCACUCCAUAGCAAUCAAAGUCUUGUACACCUGAGAAUGACUGGAAACAAAAUGGGAAACCAAGGUGGGAUGUUCUUUGCUUCAAUGCUAAAAAUUAACUCAACCUUAGAGAAGUUGGAUCUUGGAGACUGUGAUGUGGGCUUGCAAUGUCUGGUAGCAACAGCCAUAGCCCUGACUGAGAACAAAUCACUCAAAGCCAUAAACCUAAAUCGCCCUCUGCUCUCCAGCCAACAGGAAGAGACCACAGUUCAUAUAGCUCGGAUGUUGAGGAGUAAUUCUUCUCUCGUGGAACUACACUUGGGCAAGCAUGAAAUGAAAAGCUUUGGUGUAGAGCGACUGUGUGAGGCCCUGUAUAAAAACUCCAGCCUGAGAUACCUUGACCUUAGCUGUAAUAACAUAAUCUGUGAUGGUGUGAAAUUUUUGGGAGAGCUACUAAAAAGGAACCAAACCCUGGAGAUCCUGGAUCUUAAUGCCAACCGAAUAGAAGAUGUUGGAGCGUUUUACCUGAGUGAGGCCUUGUCAACGUGGAACAGGAGUUUGCAGGUGUUGUCCAUUGUAAGCAACAAUAUAACUGGCAAAGGACUUGUAGCUCUUGCACAAGCAAUCCAAUCCAACGUGAAACUUUCCCAUAUUUACAUCUGGGGGAACAAACUUGAUAGAAGCACCUGCAUGGCAUUCUCGGAGCUGAUCGGGAUGGGCCGCCUGCAGCUGGGCUGCACUGAUGUGGUUCCCUACGAGGUGGAUGGGGAGGUGUUCCUGGCACAGCUGUCCCACGGGCUGGCCAGGCACCGCUACUGGGCUCCGCGCUGCGCCGCCGUGGCCCCCGGAGCCGCCAACGCCAGCCUGGAAAUCGUCACUGUCUCCGAGUAUUUGUGAGUGAGGCAGCACUCCCUGUGCCUGAGCUUCCUAGAAAAAGCUUUCUCACUGAGUUUCUUACUGGUUUCUAGUAAAAUAGGUUCUAUCAGUACCACACCUGCUGCAUGUCAUUUCUUUGUGGUUUCAGUCUAGGAGGAAUCUACACCUGCUUGAAAUGGCAACAGAGAGAAAAUAUCAAACGAAUGAACUCAAAAUUUGUUGCUAGAUAAUGUUCUGUCUAUUAAAAGUCUGUAACUAUGAAAAAGUUUAUAGCCAGGCAGAGCACACCGACAAAAGCAACACCCAGGACCGCUGCUGGGCAGCAGAUCAGGUAUUCUGCAGAGUCAGAUUCCUGCUGAAGUUGAGAGCUUUGGGUAAAUCCAUUUGUUAGCACUGUUCUCCAUGUACUCUUUCAUUUUCCUUAGCAAUUGCAUCCUUUUGAUCUUCCAAUAGUGACUUUUUUUUAAACCAAGCUAAGUGAACUUAAGCAUUAAGCCACAGCCAUGCUAGAAUUUAAAGCUGGUGAAUGCAGUUUUCUGGGAUAUACAUGGAAUUUUGAUUAAAUUGUAGCACAUACUUGUUUCUUAUACUACAAAUAGAAACCACCACCAAAUGUGGUGCCAUCAUUUCUUCUCAUCUCAUGAAAACUGCCCAAAAACGUUUAUAUCAUUCUAGCCCUGUGGCAAUUCCUACACAUUAGUAAGACAACAUAUGCAUGUAAUGGUAGUUAAACAUUGUUUAAUGGUUUGGACAGACUUUGUGAAGUGUGGAAUCUGCUGGUUUCUUUUUUCCAUUCGUUCUGCUCAUUCCUGCAGGAGUUAAUUUAUGCUCCUAAACAGAAAAAGUCACCAAACAGGACAGCAGAGGUUUGCUCCAAGCCUUUCAUUAAUGCAAUCCUCUGCCUCUCUAAAUGUGCCUGUUAAAUAUUAGCAUAAAGUACCAGAAUGAGCUGUGACUGUUUGGACAAGACCAAAGCAUGAGGGGAAAAAUGUAAGAAAGUAAUUUCAGUAAAAAGAGCUGGGAAGCAGUAGUGUAACUGCUGCUAUUCUGAGUCCAUAUUAUCACUGUGUAGGAACAGGAAAACAUUUGGACACCUCUUCCCCAGGUGAAAUGACAGGACAGUUGCGA